CCCCUCUCUUUUUCCUUUCGCUGUCUUUCUCCACCUCCUCCUCCUCUUCCUCCAGCGAAGAAGACUUUAUCGGCUUUGUUCAGAUUCAGUGCCGGCGAAUUCCGUCGUCUGCGCCGACUUCGAAGAUGAGGCAUUCGGUGAAUCGCCCCCCGACGCCAGAUGCAGCUGAGGAUGAGGAAAAGGAGCCGACCCUCCAAGAGAUUAUCAACAUCAAGCUGAUAGAAAGCGGAGAGAAGGAACGUCUGAUGGAGCUGUUGAGGGAAAGGCUUACUGAGUGCGGUUGGAAAGAUGAAAUGAAAGCGCUUUGCAGGGCUUUUAUAAAGAAGAAAGGUAGAAACAAUGUCACUGUGGAUGAUCUCGUACAUGUCAUUACACCUAAGGGAAGAGCCUCUGUACCCGAUCCUGUGAAGGCUGAUCUGCUGCAAAGAAUUCGUACAUUCCUCAAUUCAGUUAUAUGAUGCGCCAGCAUGUCACAUUGUCCGAGUGUGGAACUCCAACUCAAUUUGAAGCACCGAGUUGUUGAGGGCAGGAUUGGCGGUAACUGCAGAUCAGAAGUGCAUGGGGCAGUGAGGACGGGAACAUUUCUUUUGGUGGACAGAACAACUUGCUAUCUCGAAUAUCCUGGUAUUGUAGGUUCAAGGACAGAGAAAGCAAUGUGUGUUUUGUAUAAUGUCAAUGUGUCCUGGGUAUGACCAUAUAGAGAGGGAAAAAUUUAGACCUUGUGAAUGAGUUGGGAUUUCCAGUGACAGUAAUUUACUGGGACGACUUGUCUGCGCACAGCGUCUGAACUUAUCUUCUAUCUGUCAUUCUCCUUCGACAAAAGACUUGGGAUGAAAGAGGUAAAGAAGCGAAUCGAGCUUGGUGAGUCCGCCAGUUUCGACUGUGCUUCAAGGAGUAGGGAGUUGUUCCGGUUGAUGGAAAUUGGUGACUUCGAUUGCAAA